AUGAGUACGACUGCCAAUUCCCGAUGGAACCCAUUCCGACAUCGUGUCUUGAAUUCUAUAGUAGAAGAGACGCAUUCGACACAGCCACCCCUGGCACCACCAAAAUCGAAAACAUGGAACACGACCUUACAGAAGAUUGAAAGUUGGCCUGAAGAGGCUAAGCCGCUUAAAGCUCACACUUGGCUUACUCGCCUUUACUCACUCGGCGAUGUGAUACUGGUGCUACUGCCAAUAUACUUUAUACUCCUCGGUGUGGCUGUUAUCAUACUAAAUGGAAAGCCAACCGCCGGCUCUGCUUUUGGAUCAAAAGUAGAGGCAGCUAUGGAUCUUGGUCCAACAUUGUUCCCCAUUUUGUUUGCCGCGAUAGUCGGGCGGAGUAUGAAGAUGAUCGCACGAUAUCUUGCAGAAAAGGGCACGAAAAUUAGCACAUUGGAGCUCCUCGUCGCAAGCCAGUCUGUGUGGGGCACGUUCGAAAGCCAACUACUCAUGCAGAGGAUGACGAUGGUCGGUAUAAACCUCCUUUUCCUGUGGGCCCUAUCCCCUCUUGGAGGUCAAGCUUCCCUCCGACUCAUGACAAGAGACACAAAGGAUUCAUUUUCAAACGCGAAGCUUCGAUACAUGACUACCGGUCCAGCAGCAAGUAUGUGGGGCUUGUCUUCGACAUAUGUUGGCAGUGGCAAAUGGGCUGAUGCCGGAGCUCUCUAUACUGCUGCAUUACUAGCACCUUUAUCUACGAAGUUAGGUACACAUGACCCUUGGAAUAAUGUCAAGAUCCCGACGUUAGAGGGACUUAACUCAUCACUUGCGGAUGCUGAUGGCUGGGUCGCUGUGCCAACUGACAUUUCAGCACCCGAGGCUUACUCGUCAUUGGUCGGACUACCCGUAGUUGGGCUCCCUUCCAACGAAAAAUCCAAUUUCAGCCUGGAAUACACCUAUCUCUCAGUGGAUUGUCAACCAUUUACUCAAGAGUCCUUCCCCGGAAAUAAUGGCUCCAAUUAUUGGUACGAUGUAAACGCCACUCGCCUCGAAGAGCUAGUGCCUGGCCAGGUAUGGUAUGAAAAAGAUGAGGACCCCCCUCUCGGUGAUGAGACAAGUGGACGGACAUCGUUCUUCAUGGAUACAACUCGUAGUUUUCCCUGGGGUAUUAAGGAGGGCGAUGAUCGCGACCUCUAUAUGGGCCGGUUGGACGGCUUUUUCGGCAACUUCAACAGUUCAUUGAUGCCUGAGGCAGAGCUUACGACCAAACGAGAGUUGCUGUUCGUCUCGGAGUAUUCAACAAAUAGCCAGGGACGCCUAGGCCUGAACAUCGCAAAAUGUUCCCUAUCACAAAAUCACAUCGAAGCUGCUAUCCAAUGCAAAGGCAGCACUUGCUCCACUGAAAAGGUGCGCAAGUCCUUGAAAGAUAAUCGCCCCACAUCACUCACUGGCUUCGAACAUGGUACCAUCAUGUUCUGGUUUGCAAAGCAGUUUCCAAGGGCAGUGAAGUUUUCAUCUGGCUCUAGUCCCACGGAGUUCUUCUUAGCAAACACAUCUGCAUUUCCCUUUGUACAACAAGUCGGACACUUGUCAAUGGACGUUGCUCUGACUGACUUAUCACUUGUACCGUCUGAGGUGUUCUCCAAACGACUUAGCUUGGCCAUGAACACUUUCUAUCAGUUGAGCAUACAGCCAACGGGUUACUUUGGUAAUUUGCCAAAGAACUUGUCGUUAUAUGGCCCGGAUACCGAUCCAGCCACGGAUAUAAAUGCAUACCUACCGAAGAACUUGUCGGCCACUGACCAUACCUUCACCGACUGGUAUGGCCAAUUCGAGAUAGGACUCCAGGAUAUCAGGUCUCCAUUUAUCGGGGCUACAACAACAGCUACUAUCACUGCCACCGAAGAGGUUUUCGUCUGCGAAUUUGCUUGGCUUGUACUUUUGCUUGUCGCCUCAUCAGUUACUCUCCUGACAGGCGUCGCGGCAUUAGUUCUAAAAUAUAAAACACUAGGACCCGAAAUGUUUGGCUUUGUCACCAGUAUGACAUACGAAAACCCCUGGAUCAAGGUACCUGAUGGAGGCACCACGUUGGAUGCAAUGGAGAGAGCAAGGCUCCUUAAAGAUGUUGACGUAUACAUUGCCGACGUACGCGGAGACGAGGAAGUCGGCCAUAUUGCCCUUGCCGCUGGUGUGCCGAUUCGGAAGUUGGAACGAGGACGCCUCUACUACUAG